AACAAAUAGUCGUGUUUAUUUGGCAGUUAUUCAUUCGGAGGUAUUUCAUCGAACCUUACUGCAGUGCCAGUCAGUUUAUUUCUCGUAAAGGAUUGUUGAAGACACUUGAAACACGGCAAUUCCUUUAUUAAUUGUAUUAACAAUUGUUUUUUACGAUGAAAGCCCAUCAAUUAUUUUUGCUGACAUUUUGGCUUGUCAACGGAUCUUUAGUAUUGGGAGCUACUUGGGAAAUUGAUUUCAGCCCAUUAAAAGGAUAUUAUAACUCUUUCAACAUAAUACCAUCUCCAUACUAUAGAAAGGAAGAUGUAGAAGAAAUUCAUAAGGCUCUUAAAAGUGUAAUACCAAAUGAAAUCAAAAUUGUUGAAAUUUUAGCAAGAUUGAAAAGCCAAGAUCGUCAGCUGCUUGCUCAAGAAUAUCAACGGGCUUAUGGUACCCGUUUAGUGAAUGAUUUGAGAAAUAAACUGACUGGCAAAUUAGAAGAAACAGUAGUUGCUAUAAUGACACCUAUAGAUCAGUUUUUGGCUCAAGAAAUCCAUGAUGCUAUCUAUGGUUUUCAUUCUGAUGAAACAGCACUCAUUGAUACUCUAUGUCUUUUCAAUACUACGAUGCUGGAUAAAGUGAGAAACAUGUACGGAUUAUUGUAUGAUACGAACAUGGACUAUGAAAUAAGAGUAAAUGCAGCAGGAAGCUUUGGAAAAUUAAUGAUUUCGUGCGUUCAUAAUAUGAGAACAAACAAAAUUUCAAUAGAUGAUUACGCCACCAAGCUUUCUAAUGGCUUCACUGAUGACGAUUUUAUCUCCUAUUUUGCACUAACGAGUCUUGAAGAAAUACAUCAAAUGAGAAUGAAACAUAAACCUUGGUAUGGAAGAAAAUUAGAAGACAUUAUUAAAGAAAACUCUAGUGGAGAUUUUAGACGAGCACUCAUGGCCAUUCUUAAUUAUGCAAUGUCUGAGAAACUCUACUUUCUAAAAAGAUUCCAUGAUAGUUUGGAGAGACAUUGUGUGGAUCAUCGUAGUUUGAUACGUUUAAUCUUGAUGGGAAAAAAAGUUCGCUAUGAAGGAAUUCGAGAUAUUUAUCAAAAAAAAUAUCAUAAGAAUAUUGAUGAAGUUUUAUCAAAUAAAUUACCACCUGGCAACUACCGGAAAUUAAUUCAAGCACUUUUUAUUAGAAUGUGAAUCGAAAUCUGAAUUGUGCUAAUCAUUUUUUCAAGGAAUAAAAUUAAGUGAAAAAAAAGCUCUAGAAGCUUAUAAUAA